UAUUUAUUUAUGAGAGAGAGACUAAAAUUGACUUUAUCAUCCUGUGAAAGAAAUGUGCUGUAUAAAUGUAUUAGCAUUGCUUCGCCCAUAUAAAGACAAAUGUUCUUUACUCAUGUUUAUUUAUUGUAGGUGAGUCUUUUAAGUCACUUGGCUUUCAGUUUCGCAUGGGAAGCACAACCAUUGGCAAAAUUGUGGAAGAAACUUGUGAAGUCCUACACCACACUUUGAAGGAGGAUUAUUUGAAGACACCAACUUCUGAAGAACAGUGGCGGAAAAUUGCUGAACAGUUUGACAUGAAGUGGCAAUUUCCUCAUUGCCUUGGGGCAAUAGAUGGGAAACAUAUCUUCAUUCAACCCCCAGCCAAUAGCGGCAGCACAUUCUACAACUACAAGUCCAGGUUUUCUAUUCUGUUAAUGGCUGUAGUGGAUGCCAAUUACAGAUUUAUCUACACAAAUGUAAGAGUUCAAGGCAGAGUUUCAGACGCAGGUUUAUUUGCACAGUCUGAUUUGCGAGCUGCCUUGGAUGACAGAAAAUUAAACCUUCCUCCUGCUGAGGCUCUACCAAACACCCACAUCAUCAUGCCAUAUUGUUUUGUGGGAGAUGAAGCUUACCCACUGAGAAAUGACCUGCUGAAGCCUUACCCUCACAGACGACUACAGCCUGAACAACGCAUUUUCAACUAUAGGCUAUCCCGUGCAAGACGUGUUGUGGAAAAUGCUUUUGGAAUUCUAGCAAACCGCCUCAGGGUGUUCCGCACAACCAUCUGCCUUAAUCCUGACAAAGCAGUUACUGUCACUUUGGCUGCACUGUGCCUUCACAAUUUCUUACGUCACAAGCAAUCAGAUGCCUACCUUCCACCUGUACACACUGACUGGGAGGAUGAGAACCAUCAGCUCCACGAUGGGACAUGGAGACAAGAGAGAAGCCUGCAGUCAGUUAACAUGGGAGGAGGGGAAAAUCCAACAAUAUCUGCCAAAGAGCAACGUGACCAUCUUAAAGAAUACUUUGUCUCCCCAUCUGGCUGUGUACCAUGGCAAGAUCAGUAUGUGUAAUGGAUAAACUAAAAAAAAAAACACCACUUCAUUGUCUAUGUUUUCAUUAUUAUUUUUUAUUUUUUUGUUAUUAGCAGCAUUUUUUUUAUUAACAACAUGUUCUAUAAGAUGUCGAACAUUUUGAAAAAGUGAAACGUAAAAUAUUUAAGAUCACAAAU